CGGAGGCGCACGCCGGGCGCGGUGCUGCGGCUCAGCUGAUAAUUGAAGGGACCCGAGAGCCGCCGCCGCCGCCGCCGCUGGGGGGGGUGGGGGGAGCGAGUGGAAGUUACCGCCGCGCCACCGAGUCCGGACCGGAGACUUUGGGGCCUAACUAGUGAAUGGUAGUGUCUAGAAAGGGUAUGUCCCUUCAAGAGAGAGGUGCCAAUGUCCAACCGGCCUAAUAACAAUCCAGGGGGGUCACUGCGACGUUCACAGAGGAACACUGCCGGGGCCCAACCACAAGACGACUCGAUAGGAGGAAGGUCACAUUUAGGGCAGGCAAAACAUAAGGGAUAUAGCCCUCCUGAGAGUAGAAAAUCUAAUUCUAAGGCACCCAAAGUGCAGUCUAAUACUACUUCUGAACUGUCAAGGGGACACCUUUCUAAAAGAAGCUGCAGUUCGUCAUCUGCUGUCAUAGUUCCACAACCAGAGGAUCCAGACAGAGCCAAUACUUCAGAAAGACAAAAAACGGGGCAGGUGCCUAAGAAAGACAAUUCUCGAGGAGUGAAGCGCAGUGCUAGUCCAGACUACAACAGGACCAAUUCUCCUAGCUCUGCAAAAAAACCAAAAGCACUUCAGCAUACUGAAUCUCCCUCAGAAACGAAUAAGCCACAUAGUAAGUCAAAGAAGAGACAUUUAGACCAGGAGCAACAACUGAAAUCUACACAAUCGCCAUCAACAAGCAGAGCUCAUACCAGGAAGAGUGGGGCCACUGGUAGUUCACGGAGUCAAAAAAGAAAGAGGACAGAGAGUUCCUGUGUAAAGAGUGGUUCUGGGUCUGAAUCAACUGGUGCCGAAGAGAGAUCUGCAAAACCCACCAAGCUGGCUUCAAAAUCGGCCGCCUCAGCCAAAGCUGGGUGUAGCACCAUCACUGAUUCUUCUUCUGCUGCCUCUACUUCCUCCUCAUCAUCUGCUGUAGCCUCGGCCUCCUCCACUGUACCUCCAGGUGCCAGGGUGAAACAAGGAAAAGACCAGAACAAGGCCAGGCGUUCCCGUUCAGCGUCGAGUCCCAGUCCCAGAAGAAGUAGCAGGGAAAAGGAACAGAGUAAAACUGGUGGCUCUUCAAAAUUUGAUUGGGCUGCUCGUUUCAGCCCUAAAGUUAGCCUUCCUAAAACAAAACUGUCUCUUCCAGGGUCUUCUAAGUCAGAGACAUCAAAACCUGGACCUUCUGGAUUACAGGCCAAAUUAGCAAGUUUAAGAAAAUCUACCAAGAAACGCAGUGAGUCGCCACCUGCUGAGCUCCCCAGUUUGAGGCGGAGCACACGCCAAAAGACCACGGGCUCCUGUGCUAGUACCAGUCGUCGGGGCUCUGGCCUGGGCAAAAGAGGAGCAGCUGAAGCUCGUCGACAGGAGAAAAUGGCAGACCCUGAAAGCAAUCAGGAGGCAGUAAAUUCUUCAGCUGCACGGACAGAUGAAACUCCCCAAGGAGCUGCAGCCUCUAGUUCUGUUGCAGGGGCUGUUGGCAUGACCACCUCUGGGGAGAGUGAAUCAGAUGAUUCCGAGAUGGGACGAUUACAAGCUCUGUUAGAGGCCAGGGGUCUUCCUCCUCACCUGUUUGGUCCUCUUGGUCCUCGGAUGUCACAACUUUUCCAUAGAACAAUUGGAAGCGGAGCUAGUUCUAAAGCCCAGCAGCUAUUGCAAGGACUACAAGCCAGUGAUGAAAGCCAGCAGCUUCAGGCAGUUAUAGAAAUGUGUCAGUUAUUGGUCAUGGGAAAUGAGGAGACACUGGGAGGGUUUCCUGUCAAGAGUGUUGUUCCAGCUUUGAUAACUUUACUGCAGAUGGAGCAUAAUUUUGAUAUUAUGAACCAUGCUUGUCGAGCCUUAACAUACAUGAUGGAAGCACUUCCUCGAUCAUCUGCUGUUGUGGUAGAUGCUAUUCCUGUCUUUUUAGAAAAGCUGCAAGUUAUUCAGUGUAUUGAUGUGGCAGAACAGGCCUUGACUGCCUUGGAGAUGUUGUCACGGAGACACAGCAAAGCCAUUCUGCAGGCGGGUGGUUUGGCAGACUGCUUGCUGUACCUAGAAUUCUUCAGCAUAAAUGCCCAAAGAAAUGCACUAGCAAUUGCAGCCAAUUGCUGCCAAAGUAUCACACCAGAUGAAUUUCAUUUUGUGGCAGAUUCCCUCCCAUUGCUUACCCAAAGGCUAACCCAUCAGAAUUCUCCAGAAACUGAUGUCUUGGCAUGGAAACUUACAGUAGAGAAUGCUUUAAUGAUCUUUGUAUCAGACAUUGCAGAAACACUUCACUUCCUCCUUUGUGGUGCCUCCAAUGGAAGCUGUCAGGAACAGAUUGAUCUUGUUCCACGAAGUCCUCAAGAACUGUAUGAACUGACAUCUCUGAUUUGUGAACUUAUGCCAUGUCUACCAAAAGAAGGCAUUUUUGCAGUUGAUACCAUGUUGAAGAAGGGAAAUGCGCAGAACACAGAUGGUGCAAUAUGGCAGUGGCGUGAUGACCGAGGCCUCUGGCAUCCCUAUAACAGGAUUGACAGCCGGAUCAUUGAGCAAAUCAAUGAGGACACGGGAACAGCACGUGCCAUUCAGAGAAAACCUAACCCCUUAGCCAAUACUAACACUAGUGGAUAUUCAGAGUUAAAGAAGGAUGAUGCUCGAGCACAGCUUAUGAAAGAGGAUCCGGAACUGGCUAAGUCUUUUAUUAAGACAUUAUUUGGUGUUCUUUAUGAAGUGUAUAGUUCCUCAGCAGGACCUGCGGUCAGACAUAAGUGCCUUAGAGCAAUUCUUAGGAUAAUUUAUUUUGCGGAUGCCGAACUUCUGAAGGAUGUUCUGAAAAAUCAUGCUGUUUCAAGUCACAUCGCUUCCAUGCUAUCAAGCCAAGACCUGAAGAUAGUAGUUGGAGCACUUCAGAUGGCAGAAAUCUUAAUGCAGAAGUUACCUGAUAUUUUUAGUGUUUACUUCAGAAGAGAAGGUGUAAUGCAUCAAGUAAAACACUUAGCAGAGUCAGAAUCUUUGUUGACAAGUCCACCAAAGGCGUGUACGAAUGGGUCAGGAUCCUUGGGGACCACAACAUCAGUCAGCAGUGGAACAGCCACGGCUGCCACUAACGCCGCAGCUGACUUGGGAUCACCCAGCUUGCAGCACAGUAGAGAUGAUUCUUUAGAUCUCAGCCCUCAAGGUCGGUUAAGUGAUGUUCUAAAGAGAAAACGACUACCAAAACGAGGGCCAAGAAGGCCAAAGUACUCACCUCCCAGAGAUGACGACAAAGUAGACAAUCAAGCUAAAAGCCCCACCACUACCCAGUCACCUAAAUCUUCAUUCCUGGCAAGCUUGAAUCCAAAAACAUGGGGACGGUUAAGUGCACAGUCCAACAGCAACAACAUUGAGCCAGCACGAACUGCAGGAGUUAGUGGUCUUGCCAGAGCUGCCUCAAAGGACACCAUAUCCAAUAAUAGAGAGAAAAUUAAAGGUUGGAUUAAGGAGCAGGCACAUAAAUUUGUAGAGCAUUAUUUCAGUUCUGAGAAUAUGGAUGGAAGCAACCCUGCACUGAAUGUCCUUCAGAGACUUUGUGCUGCAACCGAACAACUCAACCUCCAGGUGGAUGGUGGAGCUGAGUGCCUUGUAGAAAUCCGUAGCAUAGUCUCAGAGUCAGAUGUUUCAUCAUUUGAAAUCCAGCAUAGUGGAUUUGUGAAGCAGCUGUUGCUUUAUUUGACAUCUAAAAGUGAAAAGGAUGCUGUGAGCAGAGAGAUCAGAUUAAAGAGAUUCCUCCAUGUAUUUUUUUCUUCUCCACUUCCUGGAGAAGAGCCCAUUGGAAGAGUAGAACCAGUGGGUAAUGCACCUUUGUUGGCAUUAGUUCACAAGAUGAACAACUGCCUCAGCCAGAUGGAACAAUUUCCAGUAAAAGUGCAUGAUUUCCCUAGUGGAAAUGGGACAGGAGGCAGCUUUUCUCUCAACAGAGGAUCACAGGCUUUAAAAUUUUUCAACACACAUCAGUUAAAAUGCCAGUUACAAAGACAUCCAGACUGUGCAAACGUGAAGCAGUGGAAGGGUGGACCUGUUAAGAUCGACCCCCUGGCUUUGGUACAAGCUAUUGAGAGAUACCUUGUAGUUAGAGGAUAUGGAAGAGUAAGAGAAGAUGAUGAAGACAGUGAUGACGAUGGGUCAGAUGAGGAAAUAGAUGAGUCUCUGGCCGCUCAGUUCUUAAAUUCAGGAAAUGUAAGACACAGGCUACAAUUUUACAUUGGAGAACAUUUGCUACCGUAUAACAUGACUGUGUAUCAGGCAGUACGGCAGUUCAGCAUACAGGCAGAAGAUGAAAGGGAAUCCACAGAUGAUGAGAGCAAUCCUCUAGGGAGAGCUGGGAUUUGGACAAAGACUCAUACAAUAUGGUACAAACCGGUGCGAGAGGAUGAGGAAAGUAAUAAAGAUUGUGUUGGUGGUAAAAGAGGAAGAGCCCAAACAGCUCCAACAAAAACUUCCCCUAGGAAUGCAAAAAAACAUGAUGAGUUAUGGCACGAUGGAGUAUGCCCAUCAGUAUCAAAUCCUUUAGAAGUUUACCUCAUUCCCACACCACCUGAAAAUAUAACCUUUGAAGACCCGUCAUUAGAUGUGAUCCUACUUUUAAGAGUUUUACAUGCCAUCAGUCGAUACUGGUAUUACUUGUAUGAUAAUGCAAUGUGCAAGGAGAUUAUUCCAACUGGUGAAUUUAACAACAGUAAGUUAACAGCAAAAGCAAAUAGGCAACUUCAAGAUCCUUUAGUAAUCAUGACAGGAAACAUCCCAACAUGGCUUACUGAGCUAGGAAAAACCUGCCCAUUUUUCUUUCCUUUUGAUACCCGGCAAAUGCUUUUUUAUGUAACUGCAUUUGAUCGGGACCGAGCAAUGCAAAGAUUACUUGAUACCAACCCAGAAAUCAACCAGUCUGAUUCUCAAGAUAGCAGAGUUGCACCUAGAUUGGAUAGAAAAAAACGUACUGUGAACAGAGAGGAGCUGCUGAAGCAAGCCGAGUCUGUAAUGCAGGACCUUGGCAGCUCACGGGCCAUGUUAGAAAUCCAGUAUGAAAAUGAGGUUGGUACAGGUCUUGGGCCUACACUGGAGUUUUAUGCACUUGUAUCUCAGGAACUACAGAGAGCUGACUUGGGUCUCUGGAGAGGUGAAGAAAUAACUCUUAGCAAUCCAAAAGGAAACCAAGAAGGGACCAAGUAUAUUCAAAACCUCCAGGGCCUGUUUGCGCUUCCCUUUGGUAGGACAGCUAAGCCAGCUCAUAUCGCAAAGGUUAAGAUGAAGUUUCGCUUCUUAGGAAAAUUAAUGGCCAAGGCUAUCAUGGAUUUCAGAUUGGUAAGUUUAAGAUGGUUUGCUUUUCUACAAUUUUGUUGUAUAAUAUUCUGUGAAAGAUUUUUAGAACCACUUAGGUUUGCAUUUGCCAACUUUACCAAAGAGAGUCUACAGUAUGCAUUGGAAACUCUGACUAUGAAUGGCUGCUCAGUUGAAGAUCUGGGACUGGAUUUCACUCUGCCAGGGUUUCCCAACAUCGAACUGAAGAAAGGAGGGAAGGAUAUACCAGUCACUAUCUACAAUUUAGAGGAGUAUCUAAGACUGGUUAUAUUCUGGGCACUAAAUGAAGGCGUUUCUAGGCAAUUUGAUUCGUUCAGAGAUGGAUUUGAAUCAGUCUUCCCACUCAGUCAUCUUCAGUACUUCUACCCGGAGGAACUGGAUCAGCUCCUGUGUGGCAGUAAAGCAGACACUUGGGAUGCAAAGACAUUGAUGGAAUGCUGUAGGCCUGAUCACGGUUAUACUCACGAUAGUCGAGCUGUGAAGUUCUUGUUUGAGAUUCUCAGUAGUUUUGAUAAUGAGCAGCAGAGGUUAUUUCUCCAGUUUGUGACUGGUAGCCCAAGAUUGCCUGUUGGAGGAUUCCGGAGUCUGAAUCCACCUUUGACAAUUGUCCGGAAGACUUUUGAAUCAACAGAAAACCCAGAUGACUUCUUGCCCUCUGUAAUGACUUGUGUGAACUAUCUUAAGUUGCCAGACUAUUCGAGCAUUGAGAUAAUGCGUGAAAAACUGUUGAUAGCAGCAAGAGAAGGGCAGCAAUCGUUCCAUCUUUCCUGAUCACAACAAGAAAUGCAGUGUCUGCCCGUUACAGCAAAAGAAACAAAUCAUGAUUUCUUUUCUAAAUGUAUCACCUGAGUCAAGGAAACAUGUUACGCCUUCUUGUUGUAGGAAAAACGGCUUGCAGAUUAUAAAAGAGACACUUGGUUGAUAUUCAUUAAUGGCCCCAUGGACUUAAAGUGAUCAGGCCCUAAAACAUUGUUGUGAUGAGGUUUCUUUAGCAAGUUCUUGUUUAAAUUAUCAUUUAUUUGAUGAGUGAAGUUUUUAACUUGCUUUGCUGUGUGAAAUUUAAAAAAGGGAUGUUUUUCCAGGCUGGAACAAUAAAUGUCGCUGUGCAGUUUAA